CUUAAUCGGCUGGAGCGUUUCGUAAAAGCUCCGUCUCCGAAUAUUCCCGGCCCGCGCGGAUUUCCUUCGGCGUUCUUUCGCUAGUCCACGCGACGCGGAAGACGAUGUUCCUUCGGGUCUUAAAGCUGAGCGACUAAUUUCGUCAGCGACGCGGAGAUCGGCGCGCGCCUUUCGAACGGGAAGGAAGCGCACCACGAAUUCCACGCGGGAAGCCGCGGGCGACCUCAGGUAUAGCGUCGGCGGGCAACCGGAACUACCGGUCGUGGCGUUAUACCGAGUUCGGGGCCGAGCCCGCACGGAGCGCAGAAGCAAGGAAGUCGGACGGAGCUAGUGAUCGAAGCGGCGAGUGUUCUUUUCGUUUUCGUCUUUAGUCGAAGAAGCGUUCGAAGGGCCCGAGGCCCUAUUGUGUUGGGAGUAUCGGUGCGCCGAUCGUCGAGCGGCGCGGCGCGGCGCCGAUACGUGGACUGUGCGUCCCAAACCGGUCGGGGCCGAAAGCGUCGGUCGGAGAUGGAGGCCGAAGAAGCCAAAGUGAGCCACGUCGGGCUAAAGGCCAGGUCGGCCGAGGGACACGCGGCCAGGGCCAUGCACAUAAAAGGCGACGAAUACGUCUGGGUGGAGAUCCAACAGAAGACAUUUGUCAAUUGGGUCAACGAACAGCUGAGGAGCGCGGGCACUGGCGUCGUCGACCUGGCCCGCGACUUCUCCGACGGGCUCAAGCUCAUUGCCCUGAUGGAAGUCCUGCGCAAGACCGAGCUGAAGAAGAUCAGGGCGCCCGUCAACAGGCAUCAAUACCUGGAAAACGUGCAGACGGCCCUGGACGCCAUGGCCGCCGACAACAUUAAGCUGGUCAACAUAGGAAACACGGACAUCGUGGAAGGAAACCUGAAACUGAUCCUGGGACUGAUCUGGUCAUUGAUACUAAGGUAUCAGAUGGGGAGGACCAGCUUUCCUCCCAAAAAACUCAUGCUGUCGUGGCUUCGGGCCGUCCUCCCCGAUCUCAAUGUCACCAAUUUCACUUCCGACUGGAACGACGGAAUCGCUCUCAGCGCCCUGUUGGAGUAUUGUAAACCCGGUCUGUUUCCACGUUGGAAGUCUCUCGACCGCCGAGAGGGAAUAAAAAACUGUAACAACGCCAUGAUGGUGGCUAAAGAAGAAUUUAACAUUCCUAUGAUACUGACUCCCGAAGACUUGAGUAGUCAAAAUCUGGACGAAUUAUCGGGAAUGACGUACUUGUCCUACUUUAUGAGAGAAGAAAGUCCCGGUUACCACGCCACUUUGAGGUGGAUUUCCAGAACUUUAUCCGAUUUAAACAUUCAAAACUUCACGACUGACUGGAAUAGUGGUAUAGCACUCUGCUCCCUGGUUCAUUCCUUUGGAGCUUACGUUCCAGGAUUUCCUAAUUUAAGUUGUAAUAGGUCUCAUUGGGAAGAGAAUCUCGAAAAAGGUAAUUUUGUCAUAUAUAUAUAA